UCCGACCGCCCAUCACGCGUCCAUUGCGGGCGGCGAACAUCCAUCAGGAGUUUAAUUAGUUACAGCAAUCCGUUGCUUUGUUUGGUUUGCAAAGAUGCCCCUCCGCCUUCUCCAACUUCAUCUUUCUUCGUUGCCUUCUUCUUCUCCUUCUACUUCAACGACGACGGCGUCUCGUUGUUGUUCCUCUUGACCCUGCUCGCACGCCAUGGUAUGGGUCAAUCUUAUCCGACGAGCCACCAGGCCAUUCUGAAAGCUUGGAUCUCAUUUGUUCGCGGCGGUCAGAUACUGCUGCGCUGUUUCGGCGUACCUGCAGCGCUACUCGCUCUGCUGCUGGAAAUACGAGGCACCUCGCCCCGAACAACCUCCCUCCUUCUUUUUCGCAUUUCCCGCCUCUCUCGCCGUUUUUCCACCCUCGUUUGCAAAAGGCGAGAUAGUGGGCUGGACACCUUCUUCCAGGGACCAGACGUUGUGAGCGCACAGAGCCGCAAUCUCGACAAAGUCCACAAAGGAGGUCGCCCUGACAGGGGCCGCUCAUCAUCACCUCUGAAAGAAGCCCACAACUCCGACCACGCUCCCCCGUCUCCCUCCCUCACUCCUUACUCUUCCCACCCACAACAGCCACAACAACAACACCACCACCACCGCCGCCAUCAACAAAAGGAAGACGAAGACGACAUGUCUUCUUCUAAUCCUCGUUCCCACAAUCGUUCACAGACAAUGUCGCAAGUCGACGUCAUUCGCACGGGCAAGCGAUUAAGCCUUCAGUUCCCCAUCCAACCAUCGACGGGCAAUUCCUCCCCGGCCUUCUCGCCUCGUUCCCGACCACAAUCCUGGGUCGCUGCUCCUUCUCCCGUACCGUCCCCCGAGACUCUCUCUACCCCCGAAACCAACCUCCUGGCCGUUGUCGCUGCCCAAGAGCGUUACGUCCUCGAGCUCAAGGAGGAGCUGGGAAAGGCCGAACAAGACCUCAAAACCCUCAAGAAACACUUCGCCACCCAAGAGGCUCUAAAGCAACGCAACGAGGUGCGCAAAGUCACGCAGCUGCAGCCACUCAACACGACUUUGGCCAAUUACGGCUCUGACCAAGAUGAUGAAGAUGGCUCGGCAUUGUGGAUGCAAAAGGAGAUGGAACGCAGGAAAGCCCUCCUCAGUGGCGCUAGGUCGUCACAACGCAAAGUCUUCAGCGGCUCAAAACAUCUACGCACGCUAUCAUUACUGUCGCCAGACAAGGCCUACACGCCUUCGUUCCCCCAGCCCCAACAUCUCCAUGAAGAGACCGCUGCCGCUCCCUCGCCCACAUUGAUGCCAAAACCACAACAUCCCGCCCGUCCGCCACCAUUGACUCGACACUCCACUACCCCAGACAUUGCCAAUCACAUCGCGCAGACUGUCGACGGCGAACGCAACGAUCUCGCUGGUCUGACCAAUAUACAGCGCGAUCAACUGCUGCGCACUGGCAAGCAGAUGGCCACUGACUUCAAAGACGGUCUUAUGACUUUUAUUGAGGACAUCCGACAGGCCACCGUGGGGGAAGAGCUCAUCGGCGCCGAAGCUACAGGAUCUAACGCUAAAGCGAGGAAACAGUCCGAUGCGAGGCCAACCUUGCAGCGGGCCGCGAGUUCGAGGAAACCCGGAGCAAACAAGGCUGGAGACAUUGGAGAGGAGUUCUGGUCCGAGCACGGUCUGUCACAGCCCAAGGCCUCUGCUACAAACAAGCGAACUCACUCGCUCAAGCACACCCGCACCCCACAACCACAAAAGCCUCAAAGGCACCUCCAAAGCACGACAGCCGACGACGACGAAGAGUGGGCUAACUGGGACACCCCCAACGACAAAGCUGUCAACGCCACCCAAGGACCUCGGCCAGGCGAGGGCAAUUCAUCGGAUGAGUCUGACGGGCCAUCCUCGCCGGUGUCUCACCAGGCAUCAUCAAGGACCAGCACUAGGUACCACAGCCAGCGCCAUGAUUCUAAAGCGUCCACACUCACAGCGUCGUCUAGUUCCGCGGGUCUGUUCGAGGAUACUCCCGUACGCGACGCGAAGCGUAGUUCGAUCCCUUGGCCAGAUCUCAAAAACUACUCUCCAUCGAACUUGAAGAAGACUGCAUCAACUCUCAUGUCUGAAUGGGAAAAGUCUCUUACGCCCCCUGCUGAGUCCCGAGACUCGACCCAUGCACACGGUGAUUACCUCGGACGAGCUAUCUCGCCGGUUGCUGGCUCCUCGCGAUGA